AUGCGUCUCGUCGCAGACACACGCGCGGCCGGCGGUACUGCAAAUAUCAGCCAUGCCUCCGCUGCCUCGGCUCUCGCACACGCGAAUCGCAAACCUGUCGAAGUAUGGCGGCCCCCGGCUAGACAGCCUGCCGCCGAAAAGGCCGCGUUAUGCGUGAAAGACUACGCUCCGCCACAGCAACCCCAACCCACCACCCAGCACAGUGCAGAGGGACUUGGAGCUGCAAUGCUCGCUGUUCGUGAACAGAGAGCCUCGGUAGACCAGACCGCUAAGUCUGCUGUUGACAGACGUGGCAGCUCCACCGACCCUUACCACUUUACAGCUGUCGGCGGCAACCCAAGAGACAAGGCACUGAAGGCCGCAUCUGGUGCCUACACUCUCUCGCGUAAGAGAGCCGACUCAGCACCCAGUGACACUGGAGUUACCUCCGAGUCACCAUAUGGCAGUUCGACCGCUAGCGCAUCGCGAUAUGCGCGUGUGGAAGAGGAGGACCCCCUUGGAAAAUUGGACCCUGCCAUGGAAGCAAGCCGGAUCAAGCAUAGGGCUAAUGCUAACGCGAAGCUGUAUACAUCAUCGCCACCUAUCCGAGAACAAAACUCCAAGAACUCGCAGCGUGCUGCUGCCAUCUCAAUGGCAAAGGACAUGUAUAGACUUACCGAUUCCAAGGCACGAUCUGGUGAAUCUCCCGCCGUCCUGGCAGCCCAAAGGGGACAGGGUCAAUUGGGCUACCGCAAGACUGUAUCCACCGCAGAUGGGGCUGCCCUCCGGCGUGCGAUUGCCCUACAAGAGGCAGCACAAAAGCGAGCCACCGAGAAACUAGCACUAAUGAAGGAUGAGCAUGCCGACUACCAGCAAUAUUAUGGCACCACACCUCAACCGCAACGGUCGCGCUUGGCAACCCGCCGUAAGAGAACUUCGAGCGAUGCGGACUCCUCUCAGGUCGAUGUAGAGCAGUCGCGACAAAUUCGGAGCCAGAUGACCACGCUGCGGACCAAGAUGAACCAAGUAGAUGGACGCAGGACACAAGAUCGGGAACUGCUUAUGCAGGCCGCCCGCCGCAAUGUGGAACAAACCAUCCAGGCCAUGGAGGCGCGAGUUUACGCGGACACCGGUCGCGCUCCGCCUUCCGUACAGAGGGAGUGGGAUGAGGUUACCCAGGAGCGCGUGCGACUGGAGGCAGAAUCAUUUGAAGCCGCUCCCACCACCGGGGACCGAGUGAAUAUCGGCGGCCAGACGUAUAUGGACAUGGCCGAUGUUGACGCUGUCGCUCGGUCUCGUCUCCAGCCUGCUCUCGAUGAGAUUACAGAUAACGCCGAACUACGGAGAGCGCAUGAAAUUGAAGCUCGUCUGGACGCUGAGGAGGAGCAGAGACAUGCUGCCGUGGAGCGUGAGCGCGAAGCUGAAGUGAAAGAGUUGGAGAAGCAAGAAAGAGGUGCAAGCAAGCGCGAAAAGUCCGAGGGUAUUAUUCCCAAAUUAUUCUUGUGGAGGAAGAAGGGCAAGCGGGCCCGGGUUGAGGAAUCCGACACCGAAGAGGCUCAGCCUGUCUCGCCUGUGGCUCAGGGAGCUGUAUUAGAGCGGCCUCCGAGUACAGCUCCGGGCAGUAUGGUCUCGACGGAGAGCAUCCUCGAGCAAGCUUCUGUGACGACAGAGCCGAGGAGCUCUAUCCCCGACGAAGCUUCUGUUGAAACAGAGACAGCCGGUCCCACAACCAUUGCUGCAGCUGCCUCCUCAGUUCCAGAGACUGAGCCUUCAAAUCCCGAGGAAAACGACGUUCCCGAGGAAGACGACGUGCCCGUGGCAAUCCCACGGCGGCCAACACGAAGCCAGACCGAGCCUCUCCAGAUCGAGCAGCCAGAUGCAGCCCCCUCAGGCCCAAAUGUCGUGCACUACUUCACGCCACCAGUCACAAGCCCGCGCGCUGACGCCAAGCUCAAGAACUGGUUCCGCGACCGUCUCGUCCGCCGUUCCAGUGGGCCAGUCGCCAUCUAUCCCCGCCAGCCAGGCCCGGAAACCAACACAGACAGCGAACCCGCCUUUCAAGGAGGCGCCAGUCUAACUGGCGGCGACGAGCCCCGCGGCACAGCACUGGGCUCACACCCUGUGGCUGAAGCUAUCCCGACCCACAACAGAUCUUCGAGCUACUACAGCAACGACUUUAAUGUGACCAAGAUUAACAGUGCCGACACUUCCCCCGAGUCUAUCAAACAAAAUGGUAAUGGCAAAAAGAGAAAUCGCCUGAGCAGGACGUUCUUCAAGACCGUCUCUGGUAACCAUGAUGAGCCUAGUUCGAACGACGGUGACUCCCGUCGUGACUCGGGAGUUCCAUCUUUGUCCAAGGAUGCCGAUGGCACUGAUACUCAGAGUGUGCAGGAUGGUGCUAUUGACCAGGGUCUUACUGUGCCACCUACUAUUGGUGAGACGGUGAACGGAAGAAGAGAAUCGAGAUUCUCCGAGAUCCUGUGA